AAGCUAGAAACUUUUCUAUAAUACUUAUAACAGAAAUUACAUUGAAUAUAACAGAAUAUUAAUUACAUUUUAGACAUUCCUCUUACUAGAAGUUUUCAAAAUACAAACCUCAAUGUUUGUUUAUGCCUCUGAGUAAUUUAAUUUGAUCGCCCAAAUUAACUUGUGCAUAAUGGCAUCAAUAAAAGAGUUCACGAAGGAGUGCUGGACUGAGGUAUACAACCGUAUAAUUGGUGCUGUGGUGUUUCUUGACGAUCCGUCAGCAGAAUGUUUACAUUGGGAUGGUGGUUUGUUCAAUCUUCUGUCUGGCGGAGCUGUUGCCGUGAAGAGUUUGUCUCCUUUUGAAAGCUCAACAAGCAAUCAUCGCAAAGCAGUCUUUAUAACACAAGCAACUAGCACCCAGCUAAGAACAAUUAAUGAUAUAAUAAAGAACAGUGAUUUUACCCACUGUAUUCUAAUUUCAACGGUUAGCCUGGAUGUAGUUUAUUUGGAGCUAAAUGAUGGGAAGGAUGUAACGGAUGUUAUAUCUUCUGGGAGAGCACCAGCUGAAGCUACAAAGCAAUUGGAAUCCAUGCUUAUUGAAUGGAUUGGAAAAAAGCAAUGUGCUGUGGAAGUAAUACAUGUUCCACUGUUCACAAUAUCACCCACAAAUGUGAUAUUUCUCACACCACCUUAUCACAAAUUAUAUCCAGUGUUUGAUGGAAAACUGACUUCAGAGACAGCACCUACGGAUUUAUACUCAUUGUCUACGGAAGAGAGGUCAUCAGUGAGGAGGCUAGCGAGUUGCUUAAACAGCAUGUUAGCUAUGAUGAAUUUGAAAGAAGAUAUUUACUACAUGGGGCAGUUCAGUGGACUAGUUGCAGGAGUGCUAGAGAAUUCACCAGUUUCUAUAAACAGAAGAAAGUCCUGCUCCAACCCCACAUCGCUCAUCAUAGUUGACAGAACUCUUGACUUGUGCGCUGUGACCACACACACUAUGGAGUCCAUUCUUGACAAAGUGAUGGCGGCGCUACCGAGGUUCCCCGGUCAUUCCAACGAGGUAGCUGUCAAUAUGUCGCCACUCUGUGAAGCUAAUGUCUACACAAAUCUUGAUGAUGUACUAAGUCCAGGAUGCUUGUUCCAUGCUAACGAUGACUCCUGUCUACAAACCUUUGACAACAUGAUCAACAAGUCACAAAAAGAGGUUAUGUUUGAUCUGUACAACAAGUUGUCUAAAAUUGAUGUACAGAAAUCACCCGGGCCAAAGACAUUGUUGAAAGUUACUCCAUUGAGCUUGGAGAAAAUUGUAUCUGCUUCUAAAGGUAACUAUGACAUAAUCGAGAAGCACUUAGGCAUACUGCAGCAGGCUUUAGGUGUGGUGGAGACCCUGAAGUCUCCGAAACGAGUGCUACAGGAGCUGCUGAUGAGCAUAGAGAAACAAGUCGUACAGAGUCUCGCGGCUAGCGGUGACUCCACUAGUGUUCUACAUCAGAUAACACAUCUAAUAAAAACAAGGAAGGAAAAGAACCUAGCACUUGAAAAUCUGUUAGCGUUACUAGUACAUGUCUACUCAUUGACUGGCACUGAAGUAGUGUUCACUAAAGAACAUGAGGACAGUUUACAAGACGCGCUAGCGGUGGCCAUAUUUGAGGACAACAAGACCAUGUUCCCAAAUGACUCCGGGUACAUUGUUACUCCUGAGGAGUGUGAUGAGAUAUCUAAAAGAGUUAUGGAAAGGCUGAGGGAUGUGUCACAGAUGAGAAAGAUAUUGCACAAAUACAGCUCGGUGAUGAAACCGUGCGAGAGUGGCGUGGGUCACGAGUAUAAAGGUGUGCUGCAGCAGUUGACCGAGGACGUGGUGGACAGCACCCGGCCAGACCUGACCGACCUGAGAUGCCGGAACGAGGGGAUCAAAGACUUACUGCGGAGUGGGCUUAACAUUCUAACGAGCAAGAAGAAAAACACGAAGCGACCGCUGGACAACCAAACUAUAAUAUUAUUUGUCGUCGGAGGCAUCACCGCUGAGGAGUGCAAGAGGAUCCAUCGUACAGUCAUAACCAGUGGCAUAGACAACGUGGUCAUGAUCGGCUCGACUAAGUUUGUUUCGCCGGUUGAAGCUAUGAAGGACGUACUCAAUUUAUAGCGGUGUCGACAAAAGUCACUAAAUAAGUGAAGAGAAACAUAAAAUUACAAUUAGUAUCAUGUAUGUCUCUAUCUUAUCUUAUA